UACUUUCUUAACGACGACGUUUAACUUCAACCCCAACUCCCAUGGGAUUAACAGAAUUCUUCUUCUUCGUCUUCCUUUCAACUUCUCCUCUUUGGAUCUGAAUUCUGAUCUUUCGUUUUCCCGAGAAAAUUUGCUUUCCGGGAAAAUGUCGCACAGCGAUACAAUUCCUCUUCACCAAUCCUCCCAGUCCGACAUCGACGAGAUCGAGAACCUCAUCAACGCCAGCGUCCAAUCCGGCCCCUCCACCGUUCUUCCAGCUCGCCCCCCGAGUCCUCCCCGGGCUUCAAUUCCCGUUUCCUCCUCCCCCUUUAUCCAAUCCAAUCUCCCCCCGCUUCCUCCCAAAUCCACUAUUCAGAAGCCCCCCACCGUCUCCCCUGCUCCGCCACCGCUCCCCGUCUCCGGCAAUGGCAGGCCUGAUAUUUCAUCCACCGGCUUCGGAUCCGCGCCCAACACCCUGACGGAGCCCGUGUGGGAUACCGUCAAGAGGGAUCUCUCCCGGAUCGUCAGCAAUUUGAAGCUUGUGGUUUUUCCAAACCCUUUCCGUGAGGACCCGGGAAAGGCUUUGAGGGAUUGGGACCUCUGGGGUCCUUUCUUCUUCAUUGUCUUCCUCGGUCUUACUCUUUCGUGGUCUGCGUCGGUCAAGAAGUCUGAGGUUUUUGCUGUUGCAUUUGCACUUCUUGCGGCUGGUGCAGUGAUUCUGACUUUGAAUGUGCUUCUACUGGGUGGACAUAUAAUUUUCUUCCAGAGCUUGAGUCUUUUGGGAUACUGUCUGUUCCCUCUGGAUGUCGGAGCAUUGAUCUGCAUGUUGAAGGACAACGUAAUAGUGAAAAUAAUAGUGGUAUGUGUGACCUUGGCUUGGAGUUCUUGGGCUGCAUACCCUUUCAUGAGUUCAGCAGUGAACCCAAGAAGAAAGGCUCUUGCACUCUAUCCUGUGUUCCUUAUGUAUGUAUCAGUUGGUUUUCUCAUCAUUGCCAUUGAUUGAGUUGAGUUGAGAUGCACAUCAACAAUGGUGUUAUUAAAAGGGUUUUGGUAAGAGAUCGGUAUGAUCGAGUCGAGUAAUCUUUUAGGAAUAUCUCUCACGUUACUGUAACUUUUUUUUUUUUCCUUUUUACAUCUUUUUUGACUUCUAUCAUAUAAUGUCUUGUAACUGGAUCUGCCUAUAUCAUCAUAUUCAGUGUCUGAAAAUUUCUUGCUGGAAAUCAAAAAACUGUGUAAUAUUUCUUGUAAUUAUGAUGGCUUCUGAUA